GAUCUUGAACUGUAUGCACAGUUCAAAUACAGCUUUCAAAGAGCGCAGACGGAUACACAGCUGAUAUGAAACUCGUGGUUUUACUUGCUUUCGUCGGCGUUUGUUAUGCUAAGAGCAAUGCCAACGACGCGAUUUGGAUGGAGUUGUUUUCGGCAACUAUUGCCGACGCCGCCAAUGGCCACAAGGUGAACGACGACGAAAACAUUCCUCAGCUCGCCGGCAAACUUGGACUGAACACACUUGUUGCAUUGCUGGAGAAGACGAACCUUACGGACGCUCUAGCAGGGGAAGGCCCUUACACUGUGUUUGGUCCAACGGACAAGGCCUUUGCCGCACUGCCAAAAAAGUUUGUCAACUACCUCUUGAAAAACUUGAAAUUGUUGACCAAGAUCCUCACUUUCCAUGUUGCGGAUGGCAAGGUGCUGUCUUCUGACCUGAGCGACAAUCAGCUGGUGCCCAGCGUUGAAGGGAGCUCCAUCAGAAUCAACAUCUACAAGAACGGCACGGUGAUCACGGCCUCUGGUCGCCAGGUUACGCUGCCUGACCAGGAAGCCAGUAACGGUGUCAUCCACGAGGUCUCUGGGGUCCUCUUCCCACCCCCGGGAACCAUCUCUGAUGUGACGGCCAAGUGUCCCGUCUUCAGUUUCCUCAACAAGGCCCUCGAGAUUGCACAACUGACCUCUGUCUUGGCAGGUGAUGGACCGUUCACAAUAUUUGCUCCCUGUGACCGAGCGUUCAAAAGGAUCCCCAAGAAGUGCCUUGACCAUCUUCUCAACGACACUGCCCUCCUUACCAAAGUGCUGGAGUACCAUGUGGUGCCAGCAGUGGGUUACAGCGCGGGGCUGUCAUGUGGGGACGAGUUGAAGACCGUUGAGGGUGGAAGCGUGAAGAUCACCAAGGCAAUGGGCCAUGUCCGUGUAAACCAUGCUCGUGUAGUCUACGCAGACGCCUCGACAACCAAUGGAGUCAUGCACGUGAUAGAUAGGGUCCUUUUCCCGCGAGAUUCUGAUGGCUUCUGUGAGGAUGGGGCCUUGGACUACGAUGAUUCCAGUGAUGAGAAGAACGACGUUGCUGAACAUUUGCGCUUCUUGAACCCAUUUUAAUAUACUUGUGAUAUUGUAACAUAUGCUCAAAAGAAGGUGGAACAUAAUUGGUCAUUUUCCUGAUAAUGAUACAAUUAAUCCAUCAUUCCAUAUUACGCUGGCCAACUUUGUAAUGUUGACUGCAAAAAUAUUAAUGAUGGCUAAUAGCUUGCCAAAUUAUUACAUUCGGGAAUAAAAAGUGAAAUGAAAAUUUUAAACUUUGAUAAGUUGUUCAACGGUCAAAAUAUAGGAAAUCUAAAUAUUUAAAAACAUAAACAUGUAUGUAAUCAUUUUAAUUAGCAUUCAGUUUGUAUAACAAUGAAUUUCAAAUGGUUGUUAUAUUUCAAUGCUAGUGCCAUGCAAUGGCUUUUCUGAAUAUGUUGUGCUAUUAUUAACCUGUGUUUACUAGUAUUAACAUGUUUCUACAUGCAAUGGUACUGAUAUUGUUUUUGGUCUUUUUAAAACCUGAAUCUCGAUCAAUUGAACAACUGAUAACAACUCAUGAUAUAAUUAUUACAUGCGAAUUUCUUACAUGUAUACAUGCUUUUCUAAAAAAGUGUAUUCACAAAAUACUCACAAAUAAAUUAUUUCUGUGUGUUGA